AUGCGCAGGCCGAGGCGCCUUUCGUCACGGGGCGCGCCGUGGGGCGUGGGGAGGGCGCUGCUGGGGGCGGUGUGGGUGGCGGGAUGGGCGGGGCUGUGCGCGUGGGUGGUGUGGUUCGCGCACAUCGAGGCCGCCAAUCCGCGGGAGGAGGCGAUGCGCGGGUGGUGCCACUUGCGCGUGCGCUACCUCUACCAGCGCCUGCUCUCGUCCGUCUCGCGCGUGCAGGAGAUGUCAGCACUGCUGCGCGUGCUGAACGGAUACGGCCCGCGCAGCUCCACCAACCUGACCUACUGGGGCGUGGAGGGGUGUGCUAAUAACGCCAGCCUGUCUCGCUAUAAAGAUGCCACCAUUGCCAUGGGCCUGGGGGACCUCACCCUGGGGACGCUCGUCAUGCUCGUAGAGGAUACUGACAGCGCUGGUACGUGCUUGGGUUCUUACUCCACGCCUCUCCCCCUCUCCCAUGCCCCUAUAUCUCCUUCUUACACCACGCCUCUCUCCCUCUCCCAUGCCCCUAUAUCUCCUUCUUACACCACGCCUCUCUCCCUCUCCCAUGCCCCUAUGUCUCCUUCUUACACCACGCCUCUCUCCCUCUCCCAUGCCCCUAUGUCUCCUUCUUACACCACGCCUCUCUCCCUCUCCCAUGCCCCUAUGUCUCCUUCUUACACCACGCCUCUCUCCCUCUCCCAUGCCCCUAUGUCUCCUUCUUACACCACGCCUCUCUCCCUCUCCCAUGCCCCUAUAUCUCCUUCUUACACCACGCCUCUCUCCCUCUCCCAUGCCCCUAUAUCUCCUUCUUACACCACGCCUCUCUCCCUCUCCCAUGCCCCUAUGUCUCCUUCUUACACCACACCUCUCUCCCUCUCCCAUGCCCCUAUAUCUCCUUCUUACACCACGCCUCUCUCCCUCUCCCAUGCCCCUAUGUCUCCUUCUUACACCACGCCUCUCUCCCUCUCCCAUGCCCCUAUGUCUCCUUCUUACACCACGCCUCUCUCCCUCUCCCAUGCCCCUAUGUCUCCUUCUUACACCACGCCUCUCUCCCUCUCCCAUGCCCCUAUAUCUCCUUCUUACACCACGCCUCUCUCCCUCUCCCAUGCCCCUAUAUCUCCUUCUUACACCACGCCUCUCUCCCUCUCCCAUGCCCCUAUGUCUCCUUCUUACACCACACCUCUCUCCCUCUCCCAUGCCCCUAUAUCUCCUUCUUACACCACGCCUCUCUCCCUCUCCCAUGCCCCUAUGUCUCCUUCUUACACCACGCCUCUCUCCCUCUCCCAUGCCCCUAUGUCUCCUUCUUACACCACGCCUCUCUCCCUCUCCCAUGCCCCUAUGUCUCCUUCUUACACCACGCCUCUCUCCCUCUCCCAUGCCCCUAUAUCUCCUUCUUACACCACGCCUCUCUCCCUCUCCCAUGCCCCUAUGCCUCCUUCUUACACCACGCCUCUCUCCCUCUCCCAUGCCCCUAUGUCUUCUUCUUACACCACGCCUCUCUCCCUCUCCCAUGCCCCUAUAUCUCCUUCUUACACCACGCCUCUCUCCCUCUCCCAUGCCCCUAUGUCUCCUUCUUACACCACGCCUCUCUCCCUCUCCCAUGCCCCUAUAUCUCCUUCUUACACCACGCCUCUCUCCCUCUCCCAUGCCCCUAUAUCUCCUUCUUACACCACGCCUCUCUCCCUCUCCCAUGCCCCUAUGUCUCCUUCUUACACCACACCUCUCUCCCUCUCCCAUGCCCCUAUGUCUCCUUCUUACACCACGCCUCUCUCCCUCUCCCAUGCCCCUGUAUCUCCUUCUUACACCACGCCUCUCUCCCUCUCCCAUGCCCCUAUGUCUCCUUCUUACACCACGCCUCUCUCCCUCUCCCAUGCCCCUAUGUCUCCUUCUUACACCACGCCUCUCUCCCUCUCCCAUGCCCCUAUGUCUCCUUCUUACACCACGCCUCUCUCCCUCUCCCAUGCCCCUAUGUCUCCUUCUUACACCACGCCUCUCUCCCUCUCCCAUGCCCCUAUAUCUCCUUCUUACACCACGCCUCUCUCCCUCUCCCAUGCCCCUAUGUCUCCUUCUUACACCACGCCUCUCUCCCUCUCCCAUGCCCCUAUAUCUCCUUCUUACACCACGCCUCUCUCCCUCUCCCAUGCCCCUAUGCCUCCUUCUUACACCACGCCUCUCUCCCUCUCCCAUGCCCCUAUGUCUCCUUCUUACACCACGCCUCUCUCCCUCUCCCAUGCCCCUAUAUCUCCUUCUUACACCACGCCUCUCUCCCUCUCCCAUGCCCCUAUUUCUCCUUCUUACACCACGCCUCUCUCCCUCUCCCAUGCCCCUAUGUCUCCUUCUUACACCACGCCUCUCUCCCUCUCCCAUGCCCCUAUGUCUCCUUCUUACACCACGCCUCUCUCCCUCUCCCAUGCCCCUAUGUCUCCUUCUUACACCACGCCUUUCUCCCUCUCCCAUGCCCCUAUGUCUCCUUACACCACGCUUCUCUCCCUCUCCCAUGCCCCUAUAUCUCCUUCUUACACCACGCCUCUCUCCCUCUCCCAUGCCCCUAUAUCUCCUUCUUACACCACGCCUCUCUCCCUCUCCCAUGCCCCUAUGUCUCCUUCUUACACCACGCCUCUCUCCCUCUCCCAUGCCCCUAUGUCUCCUUCUUACACCACGCCUCUCUCCCUCUCCCAUGCCCCUAUAUCUCCUUCUUACACCACGCCUCUCUCCCUCUCCCAUGCCCCUAUGUCUCCUUCUUACACCACGCCUCUCUCCCUCUCCCAUGCCCCUAUGUCUCCUUCUUACACCACGCCUCUCUCCCUCUCCCAUGCCCCUAUGUCUCCUUCUUACACCACGCCUCUCUCCCUCUCCCAUGCCCCUAUAUCUCCUUCUUACACCACGCCUCUCUCCCUCUCCCAUGCCCCUAUAUCUCCUUCUUACACCACGCCUCUCUCCCUCUCCCAUGCCCCUAUUUCUCCUUCUUACACCACGCCUCUCUCCCUCUCCCAUGCCCCUAUGUCUCCUUCUUACACCACGCCUCUCUCCCUCUCCCAUGCCCCUAUGUCUCCUUCUUACACCACGCCUCUCUCCCUCUCCCAUGCCCCUAUAUCUCCUUCUUACACCACGCCUCUCUCCCUCUCCCAUGCCCCUAUGUCUCCUUCUUACACCACGCCUCUCUCCCUCUCCCAUGCCCCUAUAUCUCCUUCUUACACCACGCCUCUCUCCCUCUCCCAUGCCCCUAUGUCUCCUUCUUACACCACGCCUCUCUCCCUCUCCCAUGCCCCUAUGUCUCCUUCUUACACCACGCCUCUCUCCCUCUCCCAUGCCCCUAUGUCUCCUUCUUACACCACGCCUCUCUCCCUCUCCCAUGCCCCUAUAUCUCCUUCUUACACCACGCCUCUCUCCCUCUCCCAUGCCCCUAUGUCUCCUUCUUACACCACGCCUCUCUCCCUCUCCCAUGCCCCUAUGUCUCCUUCUUACACCACGCCUCUCUCCCUCUCCCAUGCCCCUAUAUCUCCUUCUUACACCACGCCUCUCUCCCUCUCCCAUGCCCCUAUUUCUCCUUCUUACACCACGCCUCUCUCCCUCUCCCAUGCCCCUAUGUCUCCUUCUUACACCACGCCUCUCUCCCUCUCCCAUGCCCCUAUGUCUCCUUCUUACACCACGCCUCUCUCCCUCUCCCAUGCCCCUAUGGCACUGGUGGAGGGCGUAACAGGCAUGGACAUCAAGUCACCUCUCGGGCUGCCCUCCCCUCGCAAGCCGCACUACAUCGUCAACCUGCUCGCCGGAUACCCCAACAACAAUCCCAAGGCUUUCACUGAUUUCUCCGCCAUGGUCCCCCAGUCGCUUCUCUCCUCGAUACUCCUUGGAAACGCCGUCUCCUCGCCUCCUGUGUUUUUCAGCAGCGAUCUGCGGGUGGGCACUGGUGAGCUAAGCUGGGCGUGGAAGCUAGCGGACGGAGAGGGUGAGCCGCACCGCGUGGGCGGACCUCUCCUAUCCGUAGCCGUGUCUCCGUUGAUAGUGGUGCCUAUCCUGCGCCAUCCCGUCCCUGAGAACGCAUCACCGGAGCAGCGGAGGGAGAGUGUGAGCGCCACUGCAUGGGCCGACCUGUCCUAUCUAGAGCGCGAGCUACAAGCCGUCCUCGACAUGCUAUCUAACGGCAGCAGCGCGAGCGCCUAUUCCAUCGCCAUGUACGACACCACAGAUCCGCAGCAGCCCAUUCAGGUGCUCGGCCCGGAUCCAGUCAAGCUGGAGAGUGGGUCCCUCUACCCCUACGUGCUGCCGGGGCCUGUGGUGCCGCACCCCAAGCACAUCGAGCCCUUCCCUGAGGACCUGCUGGGUCGCAAGUACGAGGCGCACUGCAGGUUCGAAGGCCCCUACCCCAAGUGGGAGCUGGUUGUUGCUCCCAUUCUGUUGGGUCUGCUGGUGCUGGUGUUGGCCGUGCUGGUUUCCCUCGUGAUCGCCGUGCUGGCAUGGAAGCGGCGGCAGAUGGUGGAGGGGUUGAGAGAGAUGCAGAUGUGUACGGUGGCGCUGGAGAGAGCUGAGAAGUCCAAGAGCGAGACGGUGGCCAACACGUCCCAUGAGCUGCGCACGCCACUCAUUGGCGUGAUAGCUUUUGAGGCGCCUCAAAAGACGCUGGAGCAGGCUGAGAAGUCCAAGAGCGAGACAGUGGCCAACACGUCGCGAGAGCUGCGCACUCCACUCAUUGGCGUGAUAGGCAUGAUAGAAGAGCUGCUAGAGUCUCAACUGGAAGAGUGGCAGUGUGAGGACCUAAGGGUGGCGAGGGCGUGUGCGGGCGAGACGGUGGAGCUCAUCAACCGAGUGCUGGACCUUGCCAAGCUGCAGGCCGGCAGGCUGCAGCUCGAGACUCUCCCCUGCUGGCUGCGUGGCAUUGUUCACGAGGCAAUCGCACGUGUUGAAUCGGGUGCAUCAAUAGACGAUCCGCAAGUGACAUGCCACGUGGAGGAGAGUGUGCCGGAUGUCCUCAUGGGGGAUCCAACUCGUCUGGCGCAAGUCAUUCAGGAGCUCACAGUCCACGCCAUGUCCAACGCUGCUGGUGAUCGCGUGGCCUUCCAAGUCUGCUGCAUUCCCCCCCCGCCUGCCCCACAAGCCUCAUCCAGUUGCUUCAACCUACCCUGCGCAUCUGCCACCACUGCUCCUUCCCGUACCCCACCACACUCCACCGCUUCCCACUCCUCUCACCUCCAACCGAGCUCCUCCGCGUGGCGCCAGCUGGCUGCUUGUGUGCGCCGCUUCCCCCCUCCCACCCGCCUGGCGCGGCUCCAUCAGCAGCUGGUCGCCACCCCAAGCAGCAGAGGGGCAGGGACGGCUUCUGAGACGUCUCAGAAGGCAAGCAGUAGAGCGACAGGGAGGACUUUUGAGACGUCCCACAAGGGAAGCAGCGGAGGGGCAGGGAGGAAUUUUGAGACGUCUCAUAAGGCAAGCAGCAGAGGAGCAGGGAAGGCGGCCGGUUCCUCUGAGUCGCCUCAAGGAUCACCUAUCACCCGCCUCUCACGUUUCCUCCAGCACCUAGGGACUUCAGCUAUGGGAGCUUCAGGCAUAGGGGGGUCAAAUGAAGCAAGUGUGGGGGAGGAGGGCGAGGAGGUACAGGGUGGGAGUGGGCAUGGGCGGUUGGAGGAGGAGGUGAGGGAGUGGGUGGAAGGGGCGUGUGCGGCGAGGGAGGAGGGCGAGUGGAUGGUGGUGAUGGCGUGUGAAGACACAGGUGGUGGUAUACCACCCGAGGAGAUGCGGUGGGUGCUGGACCCAUAUGGGGACUCCCACCACACCGCUUCUCAUACACUAGAGGGUGAUGUUGGUCCCGCUGGCGGGGAUGGUGACGAAGAGGAUGGCCAAGGGAUCAAAGGCACAUUCUUCCCCAUCCCCUUCAUGCGCCGGGGCAGCAGGCCCGCAUCCUCAGCCGCUCUCACGCACGACCAGAGGUCCGCUGCUCGCCCCCGCUGGACGCCCUACCCCGUCCGCUUCCUGCUCUCCACCGCGCUUGUGAGUGCCAUCGUUUUCACAAUGGUGGCUGAGAUGCGGGGAGACAUGGCAGUGCUGUCAGACGCCGCCACAGGCACCACCAUUCUGCUAGCACUGCCCAUGGGGGGAGAGGAGGACGCUGACAGUAGCUGGGAUGGGGAGGGGGAUGAGGAGAGAGACGUGGAAGGGGGGCAGGUUCGUGCCGUGGGAGUAUCAGGCCGGAAAACAAGACGCUCUCACUCUCUACCAAGGAUGCGCGCGAACGUGGAGGGUGCAGCGGGGGAGGCGGGGGGGGCGUGGGGGCCGUGGGAGGCGGAGGAGGCGGAGGUGUUCGUGAGAGCGGUGGUGGCAGGGCGGUCGGUGGCGGUGGUGGAUGACAAUGCGGUGAACCGCAUGGUGGCAAGGAGAACGCUGCAGGGCUACGGGUCGCAUGUGCUGCUGCUGUGCUCGGGGGAGGAUGCACUCCAGGCGCUCUCGAAUGAUACAACCUCCUCCGCGCCCAUCCACCUGCUGCUGCUUGAUCUCCACAUGCCACCGGGCAUUGACGGGUGA